AUGAGAAUCGGAUCCAUAAUAACACUCGCUACCGUUUCCUCGGGAGUGGUCCACGCUGCCCCUGCUGGCCACGCCAAGAGAGAGGACGUGCUCUCGUCCAUCGCCGAAAUAUCCCACUCCGACAAGAGAGACUUGUCGCUGAUCAUACAGCUGCUUUCUGGCGCCAACCUUGAUGGGUUGAUCGAGAAGGUGACUGGCUCGUCGUCGUUUUCAGUCGAGAACAUCAGCGAUGCCAUCAAGAGUCUGAACAUCACUGCCAGUGACGUUGUUGGUGCCCUCAAGAACUCGGAGUUGGCCUCCAAGUUCUACAACUCCGUGGUCAACGACCCUGAGUUGUUGCCCAAUGCAUUGAACUACGCCAAGCAGUUCCUCUCCGACACCAACAAGAGACAAGACGUCGAGGUCGUGGUGCCUCGUGCUCUUGCUGCCAGAGACGCCGACUACGUGUCGGAGGUGUACCAGGCCUUGGAGAGCUCGGGUUUGGUGUCGUACGUGUCUUCGUCCAUCUUGAACAACGGCGACCUCAAGGACGCUGCCUCCAGCUUGCUCUCGUCCGUGGCCCAAAACUCAGACUUCUCUGCCCUCUUUGAUUCCAUUAAGCAGUCUGGCAUUGCCAAUGAAAUCCUCAGCACUGUGUUGCAAAGUAAGUCGCAACGUGAUUUGUUUGCAGACGAGUUGGACAAGUACAGUCUCCAGAAGAGAGCUGCCUUGGACGACUUCCUUGACGCUGCUUUGGGCAGCUCUGCCCCUGCUGCAUCUGCUCCUGCUGCUGCUGCCGCUGCCGCUUCUUCUGGUUCCGGCUCUGUUGCUGCCGCUACCACCACCGCUACCACAGCCGCCACCACUCGUGCUGCUUCCAGCGCUCCAGCCUCUGCUGCUGUCUCCACCCCAGCCAGCACCAGAGCUACCACCAAGCCUACCACUGCUGCUGCCAGCACUGGUGGUUCUGACGGCUUGGGAGGUCUUUUGGGAGACCUUUUCGGCUCUGACUCGCCUUCAUCUACUGCUUCUGCUCCUACCACCUCUGCUGCUCCUACUGCCAGUGGUGACGGAUUGGGAGGCCUUCUUGGUGACCUCUUCGGUCCUUCGCCAAACAAGACCACCACUCCUAGCUCUGCUGCCACUGGGGACCUCUUUGGGGACCUCUUUGGUGACCUCUUCGGCCCAUCCAACACCACAAAAACCCCAUCCAAUACCAGCUCCAGCGGAGACCUCUUUGGCGACCUCUUUGGCGACCUUUUCGGACCCUCCAACUACUCGUCGACUCCCUCUGGUCCAAGUGCUUCUCUUGGAGACAUCUUCGACGAGUUGAUCAACGACUUGUUUGGCCCAUCCACCCCAUCUUCCGGUUCUUCUGGCUCUUCCAGCGGCAGUCUUCUCGGAGACAUCGUCGGUAUUGUCGGCAGCGUCUUGGGAUCUGUGUUGGACGGCUUCGAGGGCGACCUCUCCCACCUCGACUUCGGCAGUCUUAUCGAAGACGCCAUUUCCGCCUUCUUCGGUCCUUCUACCGGCUCCACAGGCGUGUCCUCCGGUGGUUCUUUCGGAAGUUUCUUGGAGGAAAUCAUCAGCGACUUAUUCGGCCCAUCCACCAACACUGGAUCGUCUGGCUCUGGAUUCAGUCUUUCUGGUUUGCUCGGAAACAUCUUGAACUCAUUUGUCAACAGCUUGUUCGGCGGCAGUGGAUCCUCCUCCGGUACUUCCAGUGUCAGCACUGGAAACUCCGUGUUUGCCCCAUCCGGUAAGGUGUGCUGUUGCAGCAACACCAAGGCCAAGAGAGAACAGAAGAGAGCCCUCAAGAAGCACAUCAAGAGAUCUAUCAGAAGAGCCUUGACCAAAAGAGCUCAGCAAUUGAGCCCCGAAGAAUACAUCGAUCUUCUUUCCAGAUGA